UGAGGAUUUAGUGAAGUGAUGUUGGCCUACAGUACCAGCCCAGUCAUGGUGGGAGGGGGUAAUCAUCCAUUCAGAGAAGGGGAACCCUCCCCCUGCUCCGCCUGUUUUCUCAGCGGUUCCUUGAAGUGCGCAGUACCGGGCUCGUUUUACAGAAAAAGAAACUGAGGCCCAGAAAGGAAACAGAAUAACCCGGGGUACGGCAGACUGGGGCUAGAACCCGGGCCUUCCGACUCUGCGUCCAGUGCUCUGCCUGCGUCUCGGAGCCUCUGUCUCAGCCACUGCAGCAGGCGUCAUGGCCGUGGACGUGGCAGAAUACCACCUGAGCGAUGGGAGAAAGGAGGCUCAGCAAGGGAAAGGGACCGUGAUCAUCAAGAGCCCCCCUGACUGGGAGGUUGGUGUCUACGCUGCGGGGGCCCUGGCGCUGCUGGGAAUCGCAGCUGUGAGCCUGUGGAAGCUCUGGACGUCGGGGAGCUUCCCCAGCCCCUCCCCAUUCCCAAACUACGACUACCGGUACCUUCAGCAGAAGUAUGGCGAGACCUACGCAGAGGCCAGGCAGAAGAGAGUGCCUGCCUGGAAUGCCCAGCGGGCCACCACUCGAGGACCACCCAGUCGCAAAGGCAGCCUCAGCAUCGAAGACACCUUUGAGAGCAUCAGCGAGCUGGGGCCCCUGGAGCUGAUGGGCCGUGAGCUGGACCUGGCCCCCUACGGGCCCCUCCGGAAGUCCCAGUCGGCUGACUCCCUGAACUCCAUCUCCUCCGUGAGCAACACCUUUGGGCAGGACUUCACGCUGGGCCAGGUGGAGGUGAGCAUGGACUACGAUGCCGCCUCCCACACUCUCCACGUGGCCGUGCUGCAGGGCAAGGACCUCUUGGAGCGGGAGGAAGGCAGCUUCGAGUCCUGCUUCAUGCGUGUCAGCCUGCUGCCCGACGAGCAGAUCGUGGGCAUUUCCCGGAUCCAGAGGAACGCCUACUCCAUCUUCUUCGACGAGAAAUUCUCCCUCCCCCUGGACCCUGCAGCCCUGGAGGAGAAAAGCCUGAGGUUUUCCGUGUUUGGUAUCGAUGAGGACGAGCGGAAUGUCAGCACGGGGCUGGUGGAGCUGAAGCUCUCUGUACUUGACCUCCCACUGCAGCCCUUCAGUGGCUGGCUUUGCUUACAGGACCAGAACAAGGCAGCUGACGCUGUGGGCGAGAUCCUGCUCUCCCUUAGCUACCUCCCUACGGCCGAGCGCCUCACCGUGGUCGUGGUGAAAGCCAAGAAUCUCAUCUGGACCAACGAGAAGACCACAGCGGACCCCUUCGUCAAGGUGUACCUGCUGCAGGAUGGGAGGAAGAUGAGCAAAAAGAAGACAGCUGUGAAGAGGGAUGACCCCAACCCAGUGUUCAACGAAGCCAUGAUCUUCUCGGUGCCAGCCAUUGUGCUCCAGGACCUGUCUCUCCGUGUGACAGUGGCUGAGAGCAGCAGCGAUGGCCGUGGGGACAACGUUGGCCAUGUCAUCAUCGGGCCGUCAGCCAGCGGCAUGGGUACUACGCAUUGGAACCAGAUGUUGGCCACGCUGCGCAGGCCCGUGUCUAUGUGGCACCCCGUCCGGCGAAACUAGCAGCCGGGACAGGGCCAGGGCGGGCACUGGUGCCGCCUGGAGCCUGGUGCAAGCUCAGCUCUGAUGCUCUUCUCCAUAGUCCAGCUGGAGCCAUGAACGCUGGGGUCCCCCAGUGGAGUCCCCAUGAGCCAUCUUGGUCCCUCUGUCCAGACUGCAGUGGAGGAGUAGGCCUGGCUAGAUGUCCAGGGAGCCAGGGUUUUCUCUCACUGAGGACCAGCUGUGGCUGGGCCGGGACCUGGGGAAGGCAGCUGGGUCCUGGCCCCUUGUGCUCCCAUCUCGAGAUCCCCAACAGGUGUGUCCCUUGGCCUGGGAGGGGGCCUUGGCCUCUCCGCAUACCCCACCCUUGCUGGGAGGCCAGCACCAGGCUGGGCCACAUAUAGGAACCGUGCAAGUCUUGGGGGCCAGGUGCUGUGCUAGGCACUGGCAGGGGUGACACGAAUAAGACUCAGCCCCUUGGAUGUCAGGAAGACAAGAUCUGCCUGCCCUGGUGAUCUGCUCAGGGCAGCCCAGCCGUGUGGACUCGGGGAGGGCUCUGGGGGCUGGGAGGACGAGAUGGGAGCUGUGCUUUGAGGGGCAGGGAAAGAACUGAGGGUGUCCCGGGCAGCAGCCACCUGAGAUGGCAGGGACGUGAAUUCCCUGUCACAAACACAGUCCCCAGCCCACCACAGUGGACAUAAGGGCCUCUCUCUGGGCGGGAGAAGAAACCAAGAGACCAGGCCAAGCAGAGGCCCGCAGGCCCCCUGGGACCCUGGCUCCAGAGUCAUUCUCUAUGAAACCUACUCCCUUGAACCAAAACCCUUACAAGGCCCAGAGGUCCGAAGAGGCCCAGACCCGGGUCCUUGUGUUCAGUCCCGCACACAUCAGGCAUUGGCUCCACAGGUGUUUGUUGAGUCCCUCCAGGCUAGGCCCUGCUGGGAAGAGAGAUGCCUCAGCCUGUGGGGCUGGUGGGCAGUGGGGCGGCCGGAAUACAGACUGCAGGGGACCAGCGGUGGGAGAGGACUUCGUGGGCGGCACUGAGGACGUGGUGAGCAGGCGGGCCGGGCCUUGGAGGAAGGGGCAGCCGAAGCAGUGGCAGUGAGGGGAAGGCGAGGGGGGCCAGAAUGGAAGUGGAUAGGCAAGUGAAUGCCAGACUGGGAAGCAGGCGGCUCUGGAGCACGGUUUGAGCCCCCAGGACACCGGGUGUCCUAGGUCGAGUUCCAGAAGCAGACCUGAGAUUCUCAGGCAAGGGGGUUAUUGAGGGAGAACCUGCGGGAACAACCUGUAAGGGAGAGGGAGGCCCUGGACGGUGCAGCCGAGCAAGCGGUGGCUUCCAGAGAGUGGAGCUUCAGCCUGGUGGCGGACGGGAGCUCUGAUGUGUGAAUGGCACCCCAGAGGGGUCCUGCCCAGACACCUUCCAGGUGUCACUGGCUGAGGCAGUUCCCAUCCACCAAAGGCAGCCCCAGAGAAGCAGCCAGCUGUGUGCCCUUUGCAGCUGAGGGGUGGGUGCCCCUGCCGGGUCAAAGGGAAGGGGCUGGGGGAUGUGUGGCAGCAGCAUCUGCUGUACGGGGCCACCCACAGGGUACAGAAUGGGCUCUCAGGCUGGCUGCCUCUGAUCCUCCACCCUGGUGAGCUCUGGAGAUGCAGGCCCAACCAGUUAUCCCCAGUGACGUUGGGGGGCCUGCAGUGGUCAUGGGACUGGAGCCAUCUGACACAGCGGUGGCCCAGCCCCGAGGUCUGCAUGGGCCAGGCCAGCACAAGGCCCGGGGACACACAGCUGGUGCGCCUCCUCAGCCUGGGAGACCCCGACUCUUGCUACCCCAGCGGCCACGUGGGGCAGGCCGUCGACCCUCACCUUGUCUUCCCCUUGCUCCUCCCUCUAAAUGCAUGAAAUGUUGACUGUGCCCCUGGGAUGGGCGUGGUGGGGACUGAAUAUGCUGACUGGAAUGAUUCUAGAACCAAAAUAAAGCUGGGGCAGGAAGGAAGGGGCUUCCAGGGAGCCCUGCUCAGCCCCGAAUCAC